ACCACAGGGUUCUAUUACGCCUAUCUUUAAUCAGAACAGAGAUGUACAUAGAUUAUAUAUCAAAUAAGGGGGCCGGAGAAGUUGAAGAACUUUAACGGAAGGGUAUAAGUCAGAGAAACAGAAACCUGUUGCAUUAAGGUUUGUCAUGAUAGCUGCGAAUGCACUCUGGUUUUUGGUUCUUUUUAACCAAAGACUGCUCUUGAUGUUAUGCCAUAUGGUUGCAGGCGGUUAGCACUGAAAAGCAAAGAGGUAUGAGAUUUCAUGGAAACAAAAUAUUGAGUGUUGUCUCCAGGAACUGUCAUAUGGGGCAAAGCCAACAUCAUAACCCCAUAAAGAGUAAGCCUUUAAGCAAAGGCGAGUACCGAUUUGGUCUUGAUUCCAUUCUCCCAGUUUUUGGACAUAUCUGAUGGUGUUUUCAUUGAGGAAUUGAUAUAAUAUUGGGUUUAUUAAUUAAAGUUUUUUCAUUGAUUUUGAGGCGUUUGUCCCUUUUUGAUUCUGAUUCUGAUUCCAUUCUUUUAUUUAAGAAAAGGAAUUUGAUUCCAUUCUCACUACAGUUUUGGACAUAGUUGGUGUGCUUUUCUGGAGUUGGAGAUUGAAGGGUAUCAAUUUUUAUUUUU